CCGGAUUCAGAACACACGCCGUCACCUUAGGGCAGCAUGGGUGUCAGUCCAAGUCGAGUUUCAAGGUCGAUACUCCGUAGACCGUCUUCAGAGUCUAGACUCGUACUCGAAAUCAAAGAAAACGCCACGACUUCUAGCAGUACUAGCCUUGAUGCCAUUACCAAGCCUCGCAAUCAGCUUACUUACAGAAGUGCCCCCUCUCAGCCCUCCAGAAACGGGUGUGUUUCACAACAAAGUUUUUUUCGUCCGUGGUUCGUUGGUGCUGGCUUUCAUCAGUGGAAAUUUGCUCCUCCAAAUGGGCCACAGUGUACCUCAGGUUAGAAUGACUUGGCGUCAAGUGAUACUCUCUGCUUUUGUUGCAGCCACCAUGUCCAUGGCUAUCGUUGCUGGGAUAGCUGCUCUGACUGUCUUCCCGUUACCGUUCGGCUUACUCGCUGUGGGACUACCCAAUGCCAUCUUGAUUUCAGCGUGCUUUAUCUACAUUUCGAGACCUCGAUGGAGAGCUGACCCCACCCUAUGGGAAGACGUCAAGCGACAGUUGUCGGUCUACAACUGCCUUGUAGCACUUACCUUCAUCUACCCGAUCUACAUUUUCGGAUUUGUCUCGCUUACUGGCGUUUACCAAGCGAUGUUCGUAAUGAUAUUACCAAUAGUUCCAAUUGUCGCGAAGAAUAGGAUCAGUCGUCAACACACAGACAACGAUCGCAAGCCUGAAAGCGUUCUUUUUAUUGUGGAGAUUUUAAACGCUCUUUACAUCACGAAUGCACUCAAUAAUUCAUGA